ACGCAAAAAUACAAUACAUGAUUCGGUGAAUAAUUUUUUUCUCUCAGAUUGAACUGAAUACCCGUCAAAUAGCAUUAACAAGAGACACCCGCCCCUCCGGACUUCCGCACAGGCAGUGGCAUCAGAGAGAGAGACGCACCGCAACCGGGGCACCGGCCCUGAGAAUCGCGGGCCGCUGGACACACGUGGUUUUUACACCUUUCACUUCCAUUUAAGAGAGCAGAGUGGAGGGGUUCAAUGGAUUGAACUGGCAACUCUAGAGAACCAUCGGCGACCGGCACCCUGUAUGCCCCUGCUAUAAAUCUGGGACAAGCAGAGUGAUAGUUAAAGCACUCAGUGAUGUGGUCCACUGGUGUCGCACCAUUGUCCUGGGCUUCCCCUGGAUUAGGAGCUGCUGUAGAAUCUGUCUCCCCAUUCCUCAGGGAUCCCUGACCUGGAAAUCAGGAAGGCAAAGGUGCUCCGGUUUCUUACAGAGUCCGAGGACAUGCCGGACAGUGUGCAGCUGAGUGCAAUAGGCAGGGGAACCAGGUUGAAAACUCACUGGAUGAUGCAUCAUGGUGAACAAAAGCAUAAUUUGCUCCCAGAAAAUAGCAGAUUCAAGGCCAAAGGAGCAAAUAGUAUUUCCAAGUCUUAUCCAGAACCAGUUUUCUCAAUGGAUGUCAGACCUGCCGGAAAAGUUAUGGGACAUAGCUCUGUGCAAUUUGGCUAUUCCAGGAAGCCAUGACUCCAUGUCCUACUGCUUGGACUUAAAUUCUCCCGUCAAACCUUCAGAUAAGUUUUUAAACUGUCUGGAUCACAUAAUACCCUGCAUCACACGCCCAGAGAUACGCAGAUGGUGUACGACACAGGAAUCCAAUGUAACUCAACAGCUGGAGGAAGGAAUUCGAUUCUUUGAUCUUCGGAUUGCUUAUAAACCAAAUGAUACAACUGAAAAUCUGCACUUUGUCCACGGGAUCUAUACAACUAUAACUGUUCAGGAUGCUUUCAAGGAGUUCAGAGACUGGUUGGAAACCCAUCCCAAGGAAGUAGUUAUAUUGGCUUGCAGGUUCUUUGAAGGGAUGAACGACCAACAGCACCACCAGUUAAUUCAGAAAAUUGAGAACAUAUUUGGGUCCAAACUCUGCCUGAAAACCUCUGUUGAACAGGUAACAUUAAGGAAACUAUGGAACUUGGGUUGUCAAGUCAUCAUGUCCUAUGAAAACAAUAUUGCAGAAGAAUAUCCCAAACUUUGGCCUGGAAUCCCCUAUUGGUGGGCAGAUACAUACAAGCCUAGAUCACUUGUUCAGUAUCUAGAAACGCAGAAACAGAAGGGACGACCAGAUGGCUUCUUUGUUGCUGGCAUGAACCUUACAGAAGAUUGGUGGUACGUUGUGACUCACCUCCACAGCUCUUUGAAGGAACUGACUUUUCCUAAUUACCCAUAUUUGAGUGAAUGGAUUAUACAGCAAACAGCAGGACCUGGAAAGCACUGCCUUAAUAUAAUUGCAGGGGAUUUCAUACGAGAUGGUGUCCUGGUUCCGGAUGUACUUGACCUCAAUAGAAAACUGAUCUAAAAUGAA